AGCAGCCCAGGUGCGGGGUCUUAACGACGUCCAUCCUGGAACAUCACCUUGAAUUCAGUUCUUCGUUGCUCUUCAACAUUGCCAUUCAGACUCAUAUGAUAAUGUCUAUUUCGGAGAAAGAUGCAUCCCAACUCCUUCAGGACCGCCCACCCAUCCCUCCUCCUGUGCCAGCUUACCUCUCCAAGACGGGAUCGGCCCUGACGGUCGACAAGACCCUCUACAACACCAUCCAAGGUGCGCCGCGGGUGCUUACUGAAGAAUUCACCAUCCCCAUACGAUCAGGCCAGGCAUGGAAAGCAGACGCAGGGUCCAUCAUCCGGAUCAGCACCCCCGCGGGAUCUCAAGUCGGCGACCUAAACAUCUGGAACGCCUACAACCCACGCGAGCGCUUCUGGGCGUCCCGCACCCGCCAGCUCCACUCCACCCACCUAACAACCCACGACAGGCUCUGGUCCACCCUCCCUUACAUGCGUCCCCUGCUGACCAUCCUCCACGACUCCCUCUCCUGGUACGGCCGAGACGAGCACGGCGGCCGGGUGCACGACCUCCUCGGCACGCGCUGCGACCCGUACAUCAACUCCAUCCUCGCCGGCGGCGGCGCGUCGUACGACUUCCACUGCCACUCUAACCUCACGCGCGCCGUGCUCCCCCACGGCCUCGACGAGCGCGACGUACACGACGUCAUCAACUUGUUCCAGGUCACCGGGUUGGACGGGCAAGGCCGCUACUUUAUGAACCCUUGCCCGGCCACGGCUGGCGAUGCCAUCGAGUUCCUCGCCGAGACGGAUGUCCUCAUGGCCCUGAGCACGUGUCCUGGGGGGGGCUUGUCGCUGUGGGGGUUCGGGGCUGAGAGCGAAAAGGAGAUGGUCAAGUGCUGCAGGCCUUUGAAAGUGGAGGUGUUCCGGCUGGAGGAUCCCUCGUUGCUUGUACGGGGAGGGCGGAAGCCGGCUGAGGUGGCGCCGUAUAAGGGGGUGCAUGGCAUGAUUGUGCCGAGGGGGGAGGAGGUUCGAGAGAGUUGAUCAUGGCCAGGCUUGGUUUUGUCUCACAGA